GUAUCGUGCCAUAAAUGGAUUCGUUUUAGUGUUUUUUGUCUAUGGUAGGGUAGGGAUUUGUUUGAAGUUUGAAUUGAUUGACAGGGAAGUGGUUAGUAUAGGUUAGUUUUUUAAUUAUCCUCUCUGUAAUUAUUAGUAUAUGUAAUAUAAUUAUUAUACAAGUUAAAAAAUAUUCCAAAAUGUCGUCAGAAAUGAAUGGAGCAACAGAGGAAAGGUUUUAUUUUCUUUCGGUUAUUCACACCUUUAAAAGUUACAGAGAACAGUCAUUAUUAAGAAUUCGCCACAAGGAACGAUGCCUAGAGACCCUGCCCUAUCAUCACAAAAAAUGGCUGACAAGAUACAAGGAAGAUCUAGAAAGUUUUAAGAAAUGUAUCGAAAAAAAUUCUGAUUUCCUUCCGAUCGUUUUGGAACAUGCACAUACAAUAUUCGAUAACGUUUACUGCAGCGAAGGUACCUCUCACUCAGAACAACAAAUAGGAACUCUGUCCGAAGGACUGGAUAAGGUGCAAUCAGUAUUCAAACAGCUCAUGCGCGAUUGGAGCGACCUUGGAGCCCCUGAGAGGAAGCAGUGCUACGGCCCGAUUAUCGAUGAGAUUUUCGACAAUUUCCCAGAUGACAAAUUUGACAGAAGUAACAUUAACAUUUUGGUACCAGGGGCUGGUCUUGGAAGACUGGCUUUCGAGAUAGCUUCCAAAGGAUUCUCUUGCCAAGGAAACGAGUUUAAUUUAUUCAUGUUAAUCGUCUCGUAUUUCGUGUUGAAUCUCUGCAAAAAUGUGAAUGAAUACGAGGUGUACCCUUGGAUCCAUCAGUACUGCAACAAUGUCAGGGCGGACGAUCAAAUGACGAGUGUGAGGUUUCCGGACGUUAUACCUAAGCCCACUCCAGAAAGUAAGUUUUCAAUGACCGCAGGCGACUUUUUGGAAGUGUACACCACCAACGACGAGUGGCAUUGCGUGGCGACUUGCUUUUUCAUCGACUGUGCCCCGAACGUCGUACAAUUCAUCGAGACCAUAUACAGGAUCCUGAAACCGGGAGGCCUUUGGGUCAACUUGGGCCCCCUCCUGUACCACUAUUCAGACAUGAAGAAUGAGAAAAGCGUCGAACCCAGUUUCCAGGUGGUCUCGCAAGUUAUAAAGAACGUCGGGUUUGUAAUGGAGAAGUGCGAAAUGGGGGUGAAGACCAAAUAUUGCCAGAAUCCAAAAUCUAUGUUACAGUACGAGUAUGACAGUGUGUUCUUUGUGUGUCGGAAGCCCGUCAGUUCGGAUAUAAUAAGGGAGUCGGAGAAAUUCACACAUGAGUUAUAGUGAUUAAACCUUUCGUACAUUUGAAAAUGUGAUUGUUCUAUUAAGGUAUGUAAUUAAAAGUUUAUGUUAUCGCUGUUAUGUAAAUUGCACUUAUGUUUUUCAUUUCUUCAGAAAAUUAUUAACCUGAUAGAUAUUUUUAGUUAAAUUCGAACGGCACAAUUUGAUUUAUGUUUCUUCUAUUUAAUGAUAUAUUAAAGAUUAUAUAACUGC